AUGGGCAAGUUAGGCGAUCACGAUGAUUUAGAAUGGGAAAAAAUAAGGUCAAUGUUGCGAUACAUAUUUCGCGAAACAAAUAUAGAAAUAAUUAUAUGUGCAAAUGUAGAAUAUAGUGAAGAAGAAAAAGCAGUCAUUUUAUCACAAUUUCACGACUCAAAACUAGGCGGACAUUUAGGUGUGAAUAAAACUACUAAACGUAUCAGACAACAAUUUAUGUGGAGGGGUAUGAAAGAAGACGUAAAAAAAUUUAUAAGGAUUUGUACGUCAUGUCAGGUUAAUAAGGUAUCAAAUCGGCACAUAAAAAACCAAUGGCUAUUAUAUCCACUUCGUCUAAACCAUUCGAAAAAAUAUUUAUGGAUAUAG